CACUGCUUGUAUCCCAACAGUUCAGACACAGAGCUAAAGAUGUCCUGGACGUAUGCAACCCUCCUGCCUCUCCUCACUGUGCUCCUGGCACUCUCCUUGUCUCCGGAGGCCGACUCUGCAGCUGUGCCCAGCAACACAGGCAGCGCUAAAGAGCCACAGGGUCCACUGAAGAGGAUUUUCAUGAAGGAGGCCGAUGCCUCAAACUUCUUCAGAAGACGCAGCAGACGGGGCGUGAAGUCUCAGGAUGAGAUUAAUGCUGAGCAGAGGCUGGUUUUGGCUGCAGAUGAACGGAAAAGAGAGUUUCACGAGGAGAAGAGGAACGAGUUUGAGAGCUACGCUGAAGAGGAGCAUGAUGAACAAAACGAGAGGACCAGAGAGAGCACCGAGCAGUGGAGGGAGUUUCACUACGACGGGAUGCAUCCUCCCCACGAGUACAACCGUCACUCCAUCUGAGUCUGGGGGCCAGUAAGAGAGGAGAGGUGUGAAGCUGCGAGCUGACAGGAUACCAAGAUUUAAAAGAAGCUACACAGUGAUGCUUUUCACCACAGACCGUGACAGUUACACGGCAGAGACAUCACAACUGAAUCAAAUCUUUUCACUUGUUUUUAACCUUUGUGUUGUUGAUUGGCUUUACGUCCUCAGUGUUUGGGCUCCCACAGAUCCUGCUGCUGUAUGUGAUAAAGUAAUAAUAAUAAUAAUAAUGGUAACGAUAGCAAAGUUUUCCUUUUUUUUCAUCAGAUUUUUUGUCUAUUCUUCUAAAAGUCUAAAUAUGUAGAAAAGUAUUGAAGCGGUAACAAUUGGCUUUGCUACAAACUGUGUUUGAAUAUUUCAAGAAGUUGACAAAAGAGGAAAAUAACCCUAAGGCAUAUUAUUAAACCAAAUAAGUAAAUAUUUGAUGUUUUAUAUGUUUUGGUGAUGCAUGAACUAAAACUAAUUCCUUUUGUUUAGGGCUGCAACUAACAAUUAUUUUCAUUAUUGAUGAAUCUACUGUUUUUGUUUGUUUGUUUUUUCACGAUUAAUCAAUUUCAUUUGCUCUAUGAAAUGUCAGGAAAAUACCACAAUCACAAUUUCCCAAAACACAAGGUGAAUUAAUUCGACCCUUUUGGUUCAACAAACAGCUCAAAAGCAAAUCCACUCAUUUAACUAUCGCUGUUUCAUGGACUGAGAAAACCAGCAGAGUCACAUCUGAGACUUUUUGCUAUAAAUAACUUAAAAAGUCAUUAACAGACAAAUAAAUGUGCGUUACAUUAUCACGAAUAGUUGCAUUACUGAAGUUUAGGAUAAUUAAAGCCCAUUAAUGUCCUCUUUAUAAGAAACUGUUAUAAAACUCUGCUAUCAGAAAACCCAAUAGACUUAUUUGGGAAGUGCUGCUUAAAAAGUUCUGUAAACAUCGACCACAUAUAUUAAGCCAUAUAGAAAUCCACAGUACUGAAGCAUGUUUUACAGCUGAGGUCUGUGAAACCCCCAAACAUCAGCAGACUUCUAAAACUAAUGUCACCAGUUCAAAAUCGUGUUUAUAAACCAUUCUCAUACAAUUAGAAAAAGCCAUUAAGUAUCAAGCAGAUAACACAAAGUGAAGUUUGGGGUUUCAGCUGUUAGAGGUAUCCUGGGUUAAAUAGAUGCAUCAUUUUACAGCACCUGGUAUUCACACUCAGAAUAAGUAUGAAUAUACUGUAUUUACUCAUGUUUACUAUACAUUUAC